AUGGCGUCUACAAUCACCCAAAUCAAACCGUCCACAACACUUUACGUGGAACGAUGUGCAGCGACAACAUCUGUUCCGGACAUUGUUAUUAUGUUUGGAUGGACAAACGGCCAAUUAAAACACCUUUCUAAAAUCGCAUCGUUCUGGCGUAAGAAAGGAAAUUAUCACAUUUUAUAUUAUACUGCCUCACACUUUCCUUAUGUUUACUUUCCGUACAAGGCAGAGACAUUGUGUGAAGGGUUUAUUCCGUAUUUGCAUGAAUGGAAAGUAUUUGAUGACAACAACGAAUCGACCGCGAGUGAAACCACGUCUGUGGUUAAUACGCGGCGUAGGCCGAAAGUCAUCGCUCAUGUGUUUUCAAACGGUGGUGGUGGGGGUUUUGCCGGUAUGAUCCAGAUGCUAAAAGCCAACAACUUGCCGUUUUGUUUCUCGGCCAUAAUUCUUGAUUCUCUUCCGGGCGCACCGAAUGUUUUUCGCUUCUAUCGCCUAUUCACUGCUACUCAGACGAAUCCUAUAAAAAAGUUAUUAACCGCUCUCAUUAGCACCAGUAUUAUGUUGCUGACCACGCCAUGGGUUACUCUAUAUCUGGCUAUUAUUCGCCAGAAGUCACUUGUCCCGUAUAUUGUUCACGCAUUAUUGUAUGAAAAGGCAACAAACUGUCCGAGGCUGUUGCUAUAUUCAAAGAAAGAUGCUCUGGUACCGUAUACGUUCGUAAGAAAAACAGCAAAAAUGAGUGCUGACAUGGGAUACGUUACAGAUGAAAUGGAGUUUGAAAACACUGAGCAUGUAAAGCAUUGGGUCGACAAAAGAGAAGUCUAUGAAAACACAGUCAACAAGUUUUUGGAACAAAAUGGCAUUACGUUACAAUCAUAA